UUAGCGUGUGUCGUUAUAACCUUCGGUUAUUUCGCCAUGAAAGUUCCUUUUGAGCUAUAUUUCUUCAACCUUACUUCUUCCCCCAUGCAACUCCUCUGACGACGAUGAGUAGAAUGGACAGCCGCCUACUUAGCCUUGCCAAAUUUCAUAUCUUCUGUACUCUAUCACUAGCUGCAAUCAUCUUCAUCAUCUAUGCCGAUAGCAUCAUCUAUAAUGACUCCGAAAAAUCGGUUGAGUUGAAUGAUAAAGCUCCUUCUCCAGUGCUGCUGCAGACUCAUAGUUCUGCAGGCCAUUUGAUCAAGUCUGAUAUAAAUCGCAUAGCUCUGCAUUCCAUGCAGGAAGAGACCCUUGAGGUUGGUAGAGAAAUUUCAAGUCCUCUUGUUCCUCCUUUCAAUGCCACAGAAGAGGAAAGAAUCGCUUGGUUUCGGAGCAAGCUACCCAAAUUUGAGAUUUUCAAAUCAGACAAGUUUGCAAGGCAAUUCCACGGUCGUGUUCUGGAAUUCUUUAACAAGAAGUGUGAGGGGAAGUUCUUUAUGACAUGGAUUUCACCGGUGAGGUCCUUUGGAAGCAGAGAGUUUUUGUCCAUGGAGAGUCUUUUCAGAGCCCACCCUCAUGGAUGCUUGAUGAUUCUCUCGAGAACUAUGGACUCCCGACGUGGUUACAGAAUUCUGAAACCGCUGCAGGAUCGCGGGUUCAAGGUUCAUGCAGUGACACCAGACUUAUCAUUUCUGUUCAAGAACACCCCAGCUGAAGCCUGGUUUGCUGAAAUGAAGGGAGGCAAAAAAGACCCUGGUGGGAUCCCAUUAGCCCAGAAUCUGUCUAAUUUGAUGAGGCUUGCAAUUCUAUACAAGUAUGGAGGUGUUUACUUAGACAUGGAUUUCAUAGUUUUGAAUUCAUUCUUGGGGUUGAGAAACUCAAUCGGUGCACAAAGUUUGGAUGUGGCAUCUAAAAACUGGACCAGGUUAAAUAAUGCAGUUCUGGUGUUUGAUAUGAAUCAUCCCCUUCUGUACAAAUUCAUGGAGGAAUUUGCCUUCACUUUUGAUGGGAAUAAAUGGGGGCACAAUGGUCCCUAUCUGGUGUCCAGAGUGGUCCGGAGGGUGCAAAACCGACCAGGUUACAACUUUACAAUUCUACCCCCCAUCGCCUUUUACCCCGUCGAUUGGAAUAGGAUUGGGGGACUGUUUAAGAAGCCAGGAAGCCAAGCUCAUUCUCGAUGGGUAAAAGCAAAGCUGCUUCAGCUCAGCGGGGAGACUUAUGGGGUACACUUGUGGAACAAGCAAAGUAGCCGAGUCGCGAUCGAAGAAGGAAGCAUUAUGCAGAGAUUAAUCUCCGAUCAUUGUGUCAUUUGCAGUGACAUAUACAGUUCUGAAAGAAUUUUCUCAAACGAAUAAAUGGUGAAGCAUCUUCAACCAACCAACUCUGGCGAAGCCGCAGACUGGAAAUCGAUACAAGCCUCCUAUUUGUUAGUAUACUCUGUUGCAGGAAUUAGCUACGAUUCAAGAGCUAUGGAAUUCCCUCUCUUUUUUUCUUUUUCUUUUUUUCUUUCUUUUUUUCCAUUCAUAUAAAGUUCAAUGUCUUUUUUACUUUCAUUUUGAAUCUUUUGCCCCAGUUUAAGUAAGAUCAUCAUUUCAUUGUAAAUCCAAGAUUCUGUAAACGAG